AUAUUGGAUGUAUUUAAGAGGGAAGCCCGAGAGGAAAGAGGGAAGAACCCGGGUAGGUACGUUAACUAGAGUUUAAGGGGUGCUACGUAGUAAUAUGACCUCACAGGCCACAUUUCUCAUUACUGUAAUCCUCCAUCCUCUAUACCUACACCUGCUACACCUGCUACACCUACAUACAUAUGGACGUCUAUAUCUAUAUACGUGCGACACCCGAUAAUACUAACUCAAAUUUCUUUAUCUUUUCAUACCUAGGUAUUUUGUAUUUUACAAUUUAAUCUUCAGCAACCACUUCCUAUGGCCAAUUCGAUCCGACGACGAAGACGAGGACGACCGAUUGACCAGACACAGCCCAUUCACUCGAGCCAUCUUCGGGAGGCUCCUUGAAUGGCCAGACCACUGCCCGCCUCGUCUUCUUCCACCUCCCCUAGCUCCAGCAAUGGCAACGCCAAACCUCACCCCCCUGUCGUAGCCGUCUCUCUCCUGCAACCUCGCGUUGCCGUCGCACUCGGUAUUCCCAAGCGUUGGCACCAUACCCUCUCAGCCUGUCGCUUGCUGUCUAUCGUGCCUCCUAUAUUCUGGGGCAUCCGUUUUACACUACGCUUUCUCCUCGCCGACCUGCUACGCCUGUCCGACCACCGGGACCAUGGCCGAGAUGCCACUGCCUUCUCCUUGAGGUUGACCGAGACCGCCCUCGCCGUCAUAUGGUGUUGCGCCUCGGCAUAUCUCGCCUUCUUCUUCACCGAUUGCCUGAUGUCACGAUGGCUCAUCAACUACACUCCGCAAGCGACGGUCGUGCGCCUCUUUACUAUUAGCUGCGCCUUCGCCUACCUAACCUCGUGGGUCGUAUAUUUGACGGGUGGUUCCCAGGACCCUGGCCUACUACUGCCGGCCUGGAUCGGUAUCGCCACCAUACUGACCACCUGCUACCACUUCACGCAACGAAAGAUCAAGAUCCGGAAGGAGACCUUUGCUAGCAUUAGCGUCUUCUCCAUCGCUAGUUUCAUCAGCAUGGUUGCCUUAUUGUUCCACUCGCAUUCGAUUAGGGUCGGAUAUCAGAAUGUGCCUCUGGUUGCUCUGACUAAGCGGGUGUGCCAGAUUGCGUGCCACAUUCUUUUUCGUGUCCUUGGCGUGACUAGGGACGUAGACGGUUUAUGAUACAGAACAGCGUCUUUUCUUGUCCCUUCGCUCAGCUACAAAACCGGCACCAUUGGAUAAUCCCAACUACCUGUCAUAACCGAAACCGGCACCGGUUGCCCGCCCUGCCAUCUUACUGGGUGCUGAUACUCUAGUUACCACUGUU